AUGUCUUUUACAGCCACUGGAGUCGCUCCUACAAGCCUCAACUUGAACAUGUUUGAGAAGGAAGAAGUCAAACCCAAGUCUCCAGUUCUCACGGACGAUGAAGAGAUUUUCUCGUUGGAUAUGGUGACGAUGGAUAUGGAGUUUGACCGAGCAUACCUGAUGUACACGCAGAUGCAGCAGAAACACGCUCUUUCGGGCGUGGAGCAGUUGCAAAAGGCCAAGCAGGCGAGGGAGGGCCAGAUGGUGCUGGCGCAGCAGCAGCAGCAGCAUCAUGGUGGUGGUGGCGAUGUGACUCUGAGUCAUCCUCCUCAUGGGAGUCAUCAUCAUGCGAGUCAAGCGACUCAGAGUCACGCUGCGACUCAGAGUCACCACCACCACUUCACCUCCCCCUACGCCAACAACACAAACAGCAACUUCUACGACUACUCCCAGACCCCCUACGACUCGGGCGUGCCCGGGCUCCCGCUCUUGCUGCCGCCCUCGGAAUCAGGAGGGCUUUUUUCCGGGUCCAAAACCGCCAAUCCUCUAGCCAAACCCGCUGAGGACGAAAUGGACCACUUUUUCCUCAACACCGAGCUGAGCGCCCUUGAAAAGUUCCUCGACAACCUUGCCUCGUCGUCGUCAGGCAAUCCCUUGGAGCUCUACUCGGCCGGGCUGCCCAAAUUGGCAGCCAAUUCUUCCAUCUACGACAAUAUGCACACCAUGGACCCGAUAAAACCGCCACAACAGCAACAUCAACGCCAGCAGCUUUCUGACGAUGUCAAGAAAGACGUGACGGACGCCUUCAGGCACCCGCCCGUUCAAAGCUUGAAGAGUUUCGGCACCAAGGAGCACCAAUUGCACACGCAAGAAGAAAUCAGGCAACAGCAGCUUCCAACGCCGUUGGAUUCCCGCCAAAGCUCUUCUAGUGAAAAGAGAAGGCUUUCUGAAGAAAGUAGUAGCAGCGGCAGCGGCAACGGCGACUGGCUGCUGCCCAAGAAAAGAAGAAGAUCAAGCACCAGGCCUCUUCUCACGUUGGAGCAAAAAAGACUCAACCACUCGCAUUCGGAGCAGAAAAGAAGACUUUUGUGCAAGCAAGCGUACGAACGGUGUCUUCGUUUGAUCACCAACGUGGAGGACUACAAGAACGAUUUGGUUUCAGCGCUGGCGGUGACGCUGCUGAAGAAAAAGAGCAAGCGCAAGCAGAUUAAUAAGGAUGGGCUUCCGAACUUGCUGAAGCACACGGCCUUGUUGAAAGUGAGUGCGGAGAUCUUGAAGAUUCGGGGCAAGAAUGAGAAGUUGAGGGAGUUGUUGAGUCAGUGA